CUGCGCACAGCGCUGGCCGCAUUUAAAAAAAUCGAGCGUUUCGCGCCAAAACGUAUUUGAAAAUCGAACGUGUUUUUUUUUAAUAGUGAAGUGUGUGUUUGGAAAGUGAUUUUGAGUUUUUUUAUUGUGGUCUCUGUUGACGUGACCGAUAACGAAGGUCAACAGUAAAACAGUGAAACUACAUCUAAACUGAAACCUUGAACAAUAAUAGUGAAAAUUAUAAGUGAAAAACCAGUUUAACAGUGAAAACCUUCAGUGAAAAGUGAAAUCGCGAGUAAACUUAAAGGCCGAACCGCGAGUCCUCGAAUAAUUGCGAGUGCAGUGAUAAAUAGCGAGUGAACUUAAAGGCCGAACCGCGAGUCCUACAAUAAUAGCGAGUGCAGUGUGCCGUGUGUGUGUUUGUGUAUGAUGAGUGGCGAGUAUGGGUGACCUGACCAUGCAUAGGACGUGCGUGAGGGUCAACUCUGCGGACGACGAGUCCAGGGACGAGGUCGAUCAUGACCUGCCUAAGAAGAACCCUUUUAUUCGGGGCUCGGACCCUCGCGUGGCGACGUGCCGCGGACGCCUGCAGACGCGACGCUGCCAGCUCAACCAGGAAAUCAACAAGGAGUUGAGGUUGCGAGCUGGUGCCGAAAACUUAUUCAAGGCGACAACCAAUCGGAAGCUGAGGGAAACGGUGGCUCUGGAGCUAAGCUUCGUGAACUCCAACCUGCAGCUGCUGAAGGAACAGCUGGCCGAACUCAACUCCUCGGUGGAACUCUACCAGAACGACAGCAAAGAAUGCGUAAUGCCCAUGAUCCCUCUGGGGCUGAAGGAGACAAAGGAGGUGGACUUCCGAGAGCCGUUCAAAGACUUCAUUCUGGAGCACUACAGCGAAGAUGCUGCGGCUCACGAAGAGGCCAUCUCUGACUUCAUGGACAUGAGACAGGCUAUCCGCACCCCAGUCCGCUCGACGGCCGGCGUUGCCCUCCUCUUCAAAUACUACAACCAGCUAUACUUCAUAGAACGUCGUUUCUUCCCGCCCGACCGUUCCUUAGGAGUCUACUUCGAAUGGUUCGACUCUUUGACAGGAGUGCCGUCAUGUCAGCGGACGGUGGCGUUCGAAAAGGCGUGCGUAUUGUUCAACAUCGCCGGGAUUUACACGCAGAUUGGCGCUAAACAGGAGCGGCACACAUCUCUAGGCCUAGAUGGCGCUGUGGACGCAUUACUAAGAGCGGCGGGCACUCUCCGCUACAUCCAUGAGAACUUCACCAACGCGCCAUCUGUCGACUUGGCGGCUGACACUCUACUAGUCCUGGCUGCCACUAUGACGGCGCAGGCGCGCGAGUGCCUGUUCGAGAAGCUGCAGCUGCAGGCGCGCGAGUGCGGGCGCGGGGAGCUGCGCGACGACCUCGACAUGUGCCUCGACUUCGCGCAGGAGGCCGCGCAGUGCGCGCACACAUACACGCAGCUAUAUCAGAAGAUGCAGACGGAAGGCGUCUUCAACUACGUGCCAUACUCGUGGGUCUCUUUGGUCCAUGUGAAGACUGAAUUUUAUAAAGCGCUGGCGCACCAGUACGCGGCGUUAGGGUUGCUCCACGCGGACAGCACUCCGCGCGCGCGGCAGCGGGUCGCCGCACUAUACACUAGCAGCGACCGGAAUGUUGACAACGGUUCAGUACCCAACACCAAGAUGGACGACGACUUGGACUUCACGGUGGUGGGGCGCGCGCACCUAAUUGAAGCGCAGGCGUUGUACGAAGAAGCACAGAGGUUACAACGGAUGUGUCGUGAACUGCGAGGCAAGGAGCCUCUAGCACGAGUGAUACGCGCUCAUGCAGAGAGGGCAGCCCGGGAACGAGCCACGCUACGGGACUCACCGGACCUGAGCGAGAUGGAGCUACUUGACGCACCCACUAUUAUACCUUCAUCAAAAUUCCAACUGUCCCUAACCCCGCCGGACUUCGCUCAGCACCGCGUGGACGACCUCUUCAAAUCCCUCGGCCCCAUCGCCGUGUUCUCCGCCAAGCGGCACUGGAGCGCCCCCCGCCUCAUCACCCUCCAAAAACACAGCAGAGACAACAGGAGACUCAGCAGAAACUACGACCUCGACAAAAGAUCCGAGAAAAGAGACCGAUCCGAAGACAACAGCGCUUAUUACAAUUCCGUAAUCAGAGACGAGAAUUACGAAGACUACGAGAAGCAACUCCAAAGAGUCAUGAAGCAGAACGGAGUUUAUAUAAACAGUUACAACCACAUGGAAUAUCAUCCUAAAGUUUUAGACUACGAUAAAUAUGACUAUAGGAAUAAUGAGUGCUUUGUAAAGACUACGGAGAGUGUGAAUGGGAAGAAGAGUGGGAGGGAGAGGAGAAAGGAGCCGUUGAGGAGGGUGGCGAGUGAAUAUGAUGUGGCUAAUUCGAAGGAUGAGGAUGGUUUCGGGUUCUCUGUGAGAGGUGAUGCUCCGGUCAUGAUUGCUGCGGUGGAACCGAACUCUUUGGCUGAUAUCGGCGGCAUGCGAGAAGGUGACUUCAUCAUCUCAGUCGGCGACAAAGAUGUGAAGUGGAGCUCUCAUGAAGAAGUUGUUCGAAUUAUUCAGCAAGCCGGAGACUUGUUGGCACUCCGGCUUGCCACACCCAUGGACAAGAGCUUGAUGAAGUCGUCCCCGGACAUCCCCCGGCAAUCCAACUCCAACCAGGGCUCGGUGUCGGCCGCGUCGACGGCCUCCAGCGGCUCCGGCGCCACCACCGCCACCGCGCGCUCCUCCGCGCGCCGCGCGCCCUCCUGGAACCCUUUCAGAAGGAACACCACCCGCGACAACAGCUCGCACAGAGGCUCGCAUACGAGCAACGUUAUAUUCCGAUAAAUGUCACGUUUUCAACCAAAAGGUACCACGGCUGUCGAUAAGGUUGAUUUCAAAUUGAAGCAAUGGAAAUAGCGCCUUAUUGACCGACAAUAAGUAACCUUUUGGUGGAGAAUGGCAUAAAUAUCCUGGAAAUUGUAAGAGUUUCAGAAAAAAGUUGAGUGUGUUUAAAGAUAACGCCAUCUAGUGACUUCUACGAGCAAGUCUAUAUAGUAGUCAAAGAUAGCGCCAUCUUACGGGCCUUCCAGAGGAACACAACUAGAGACGACAGCUCGCAUCCAUGAAAAUUAAUUUGGUAUUGAAAAUAACGCCAUCUGGUGACUUGUAAUAGCAAGCUUACGUAGCGGUCAAAGAUAGCGCCAUCUAGUGGCUAAUAUGGGAAACAUACUUUAGUAAACUUAACAAGUCUGCGCUUAAUGUUACUUUAGAUUUGACGUAUCUACCGACACCGACAUGUUUUAUUUUAACGAUCGCAACGCCAUCUGUGCGUUUAUCGUUAUUGAUUUUAGAGUUUUUACGUAUGAGCUCUGUGCAUGUAACGAUUAAACUAAUUUUACGAUGGAUUUUGUAGAGGUUGGGUAGGAAACAGGUAAAAAUUGUGAGGUUUUUGGACAAAAGUGACAUUACAGCAUCCGCUUACUCGAUUACUAGACGGUUAUCGCACUAAAGUCCCUUUUCUCCAAGAACGUCACUUAUGAUGUACUUAAGAUUAAAUCAGGGUUAUAAAAUAUUUGUAGCAUACAGCAUUGUUAGAAAUGUGUAUAAAAAAAGAAUUGGCACACACGUUUCUGGUACUUAAUUUUAUUUGAAAUAAGCAGUCAGUAACAUUAAGAACUUCAAUUUAAAUAAAUAUAAUAGAUUUAGAAUAAAAUGUAUACGCAAAUUAUCAUAUAUUACAUCCGUCUAAAUACUGUAAUAAAUCCGUCCAUAGUUUAGACUGAUGUUUAACUUGUUUAAGUACUUAAAGAUCGUUCCUUUUAAAAGGCAGCGCCACCUAUUGUCGAAAUUCGUACUUAAUCUUCUAAUGUUAUUUAAUUUAUAAGGUGUGAUGGCAAGCAAAGGCAAAAUGCAACUAUUAUAUAUUUAGCUUCCUAAAUAUAUAGUUAGACUAUUGGUUUCUUGAUGGCUAUGAAAUUCCAAAGUUAAUACACAAUACAAGCGCAAUAAUUAUACCGUUUUUAAUAUUGUAUAUUCCUUUAACGGUUAUAAUACUUAUAAUUUCAAAAAAAAAAGUGAAGUUUGUAACACAUAUAUGGUCGCGGGUACGAUAUUAUUACAUUCUUGUAUUUGUUAUAGGUGUAUUCUAUUGAUUUAAAAGUGUAUAUUUUUUCUUGUUUUUUCUGUAGAAAUUGUACUACUUUGAUUUAAUUAAGGUAGAUGACGCUAGUAAAUACAUAUUAAAUGAUAAAAUCACCGAUAGAUGGAGUUACUUAAUUGUAAGUAUUCAUUCAAUAGAUCUUAAUGAUAUAUAUGCUAGCGCCAUCUAGUUCGAUAACAUUAAAACUUCGUUACUUUACGCUUUCUAUCUUAUACUCAGUCAGCUUGCCUUACAACAUGGAAUAUUCGAUAUUUUUACUAUCAGCAUUCGAAAUAUUCUUUCUUAUUCUCCGCACUUGUUAAAAAACCCUCAUUGAAUGCGGAUUCAGCUGAUUGGGUCCAUACGUAUUGUUGCAGACUGUACUUUUUCUUUUUUUUUUUAAUGUAUUCGGCACGUGCAAACUGCCAAGUCUUUGGAUAAUUAA